UAAACAUCAACAGCACAGCAGUAAUUCAAGCAGAAGACAAAAUGGCAUCAAAGGGAUCAGAAGGAAAACGUGUUGUUGUUAUAGGAAUUGAUGACAGUGAAUACGCAGAGAAGGCUCUCAAAUUUUACUGUGACAAUGUGAUGAAAGAAGACGACUAUGUGGUACUUGGACAUUGCCCAGAGCUUUACGAUCUUUCUAUGGCCAGUCCUGCUGUUGUUGACCAGCUACUCAGGGAACUCUCAGAAAAAGUACAAGGUUUGGAAACGAAAUAUAAACAGAUAAUGCAAGGUUUAAAGCUAUCAGGAAAAUUUCGCACAGGCCAGGGGAAACCAGGUGAAGUCCUUUGUAAAAUAGCCAACGAGGAGAAAGCUGCUCUAGUGGUCGUAGGUACACGCGGACUCGGCAAAUUCCGUAGAACAAUUCUUGGUUCCGUUAGUGAUUACGUCAUCCACCAUUCCCACGUGCCAGUUCUCGUCUGCAGACAUUCAUGAAACUUAACGACAUCAAGAUAAUUUCGUCCCGUAUUCAAGACCCAUUGAUCAAUAAUUCUGUUUAAGUUGUAUGUACGUACAUAUGAAAGGACACAGGUCAUUGACUCAUAAGAAUUUAACACCAUUGGUCAUCUAUAAACAUGAUCUAUUUGACUUUUGGCAUUAAAGUAUAUAACAUUUAGCAGUUGGUAUGCAGCAUUUAGCUUUAAGUACUUGGCAUUUAGCAUUAAAUAUUUUUGAUUUAGCAAUUUGCAGUUAGCAUGGCGCACCGGCCUUCCAUAUAUAUGUACAUGCUAUAAAUCAGUGUGCAUAAUAACUCUGUUUGAAUACAUGUUACACCGAUUUUAAAAUGUGUAUAGAUAUACAAAGAUAUUACGGGACAUCCUGUUCAUGUCAUGUAAUAACGCACAUUCUUAUAUGAAAAGCCAUGUAUAUUUUCAUUAAAACACGACAAUAUUGACGACACGUCGACAUUAUUUGGCGCCAGACAGACUUCGAAAAAGAGUGCUACCAAAGUUGAUCUGCAACUUUAUAUAAAAGACGUUUGAGAAUCGGAAAAGAACGGUGUUACACUUAAAUUACGCACACUUAAUAGAAUAUAAAGAGCGUAGAAUCACCCAACAUUGUUAGCACGGUUACGCGUUGACGUCACGUUGCCCUGCUAUAUUUUGCGCUAAUCAUGCGAUCAACUUGUUUUCAUAAUUGAGAAUUACAACACACUAAAUAGCUGUUCUUUAUUCUUUAUAAAAUUGACAUAUUUCCAAUGGCUGCGGCACACAUCAGGACCCAUUUUAAAUGUCUGUUACUUACAUUUUCUUGAAGAAUAUUGUCAAUGCUGAAUAAAAAUCAAAAGAAAAGUGGGAGUCAUGUUUGAUGCAAGAAAAAUAUUUUCAGUCAGACACACAAAUUGCAAAAUCAGCUAAAAUUGAGACCCCAAAUUGUAGUGAUGGUGUAACUUUGGUAGCACUCUUUUUCGAAGUCUGUAAAUGCUACCUACAUGUCAAGCAUAGAUUUUUCAUGUGAAUUUAGCAAACAAAAUGCAAAGAAAAUAAGGAAAAUAGCUCUACAGAGCCAAAAAAAACUGAGAAUUAUUUAAGUCCGCCAUUAUGCGAUACCAUUUUUUUUCGUGCUAUUCUCAUAUUUAGUGCCUGUAUGCUUAGCAAAACCAUGAACUCGCCGAAUCGGUUGUAAACUGCGUGUAAUAAUUUACUCGGGUUAUGCCCUCGUGAAAUUAUUCCGUAAGCACGUAACGUUUUCGUAUUAUUUCGAUAUAGUUAACAUGAUUCUGCUAUAAACUAUUUCUAAAGAUUAGAUAAAAUUUAAUUAGUUUAUUUGACUAACAACACUACACCAAAUGUAAAAAUAAUGACAUAAAAAUACAUGUAUCAGAAAUUGAUUUACAAUGUAUAUUGGACUUGAGAUCCCUCUAACAGGCAUUUUAACCCUUACCGUGCUAAAUUUCUAUAAUACACUUGUCCAUCUUUCAAUUUUUACAGUACCAUUGACUGUUAAAAGGGGUGCAUAAUACCAAAAAAAUACUAACUGAAUGCCGAACGGUGCAGAUCAUGAUCAGACUGUACGGAUGUGUAGGCUGAUCAUAUCUACACUGGUCGCAAAGGCAGAAUCAGUCGUGUUUAGCAUGAUAAGGGUUAAUAUUCAGUUUCGUCAAUUAUAUCUUAGUCAAUGACUUAAUAUAAUUUUUGAGAUGUUUUUGUCUUUUCAUGAAUAUCAAACAUUCGUCUUUAAAACUUCUUAAAACUUAAAUACGUACGGUUUUUUCAAACUUCUUAUUUCUUUGAAAAUGUUAUGUUUGAUUCAGUGUGUUCACUUCAUAUUGUGAUACUAGUAUUUAAUUACACAGAAUUUUACUAUACUUUUUUGUCGUUUCAAACAUUUGUUGGUUACAUUCAUUGUGUAAUAAAACGUCACAUCUGAGAUAGUACAUAACAUAUGUAAAUAGGGCUGAAAUACAAAGGCACUUUCUCAGAGAGGGAGCUUUAUUUAAAUAACCUAAAGGUAAUCAUUGAAAAGUGUUGUUUCUAUAGUAACAUGAUAUUGUGAUGUACAGUGUAUUUGAGUAUAAAAGUAAUUAUAGCUCGUUCAAGCGGUAAUCAAGAGUAUAAACAAUGUAUUACAUAUGCAUGUAUGAUAAUAUAAAUUAAAAUAAAAUGCUCA